AUGUCGACAAUCCGUAAUGACGAUGAGCUGGAGAUGAACUGGACGGCGGAGGUCAUUGGUGGCUCAAACGACGAGGACGUGAUCUCUGCCGGUAGUGAGGACGAAUUCGAGGAUGAAGCAGAGCUCGAACUGGCGCUGAAUGUCAAGCGCAGUCGCGAUACCGAGACGGCCGACGUCGAGAUGGAGGAAGACGCUGUGAAGAAACAAAAGACCGACCCGACCGUCAAGAGGCAAAUGCACGACAAUGGCAAGGGGCUGCACAAGAUGACGCAGACGGAGCAUUUCAAAUUCGUGAACGACGUCUACGUGAAAUAUCGCGGCGAACAGAUGACGACACUGGAACUGGCUGACGGACUCAAUGAGUCGCACUUCGUCGCGCCAACAGGCCUGGGCAAGCAUAAGCUCGAGUUGCUGCCAUCGUAUAUCCACUGGCUGAUGCCGACGUACAAGAGAGACUUUCUUGGCAAGGGCAAGCGUCGUGACAAGAGCCCAUACUUCCUCAUUCUUUGUUCGUCUGCGCUACGCUGUGUCGGGGUGAUCAAACAUUUGACGUCGUUCAAGUGCCGUGUCGCAAAGCUCUUUGGCAAGCAUCUGAAGGCAACGCGUGUGAAGACGCUGUUGGAGAUGGGGGCAUUGUCGUUGAUGCAUACGAAGUACGUGAUCUUCGACAUGGAGAAGGACAAGAAGCGACAUACGAUUCUGGAGCUGAAAGACACGGCGUCUGAGAUGGUGGACCUCAUUCAAUUCCACUUCAUCCCGCAGCUAAAGAAGGAAGACUGCAGCAUGAAGAUCGUGUUAUUUUAG